UAAAAGCAUAUAUAAUAGUCAAAAUUUCCGAGCCAUAAAAUCCCUAACUUAAGAAGAGCGGCGACGAGAAAAAGACAGGGACAAACAAUGGGAGUAGAGAAGGAAAUUCUUAGGCCUGGAACUGGACCCAAGCCCGUACCUGGUCGCAAGGUCACUGUUCACUGCACUGGUUAUGGCAAAAAUGGUGAUCUCUCCCAGAAGUUUUGGAGCACUAAAGAUCCUGGGCAGGAGCCUUUUGCAUUUACAAUUGGCCAAGGUUCUGUUAUAAAAGGAUGGGAUGAAGGUGUUCUUGGAAUGCAAGUGGGAGAAGUUGCUCGCCUGCGGUGCACUCCGGAUUAUGCUUAUGGUCCAAGUGCAUUUCCUGCAUGGGGAAUACAACCAAAUUCUUCUUUGGUUUUCGAGAUCGAAGUCCUCAAGGUGGAGUGAAAUUUGGACAGUAAAAAGCUAUGCAGAACAACUUAUUGUGUUCUUGCCAAACGUAUCUAAAUUAUUAUUAUGUGAUACGAAUAAUAAUAUCUUUGGAGGCUUGCUUGAUGAGUACUUAUAAGUCAACCCUUCUCCUUUGAGUAAAUGUAUUCUCACUAUUUUCUCAUCUUUACUGCAGACUGAAUUUGUUCCUUAAAAGCAGUCUUAUUGUGUGGUGUUGUAGUUGGGAUACAUGAUUUGAUUGAGGAAACUAUGCUUACUUGACACCCAAA